UAUUUUUAUAUUAACUAAUACGUACGACUAACUACAUCGACCUCCCCAUAUGAUAUUAUCAAUAUUAAUUAACCGGAUGGUGACCGGGCACCGAGCGGAGGAUACGGCUCAUCCGUAGGAAUCGUUUGUAUCUCAAGAUUUUACAUUAAGACCUCCGUCUUCUUCAUAUCUCCUCCUUUUUGUCUUCAAUCAAUGGCGAGCAAGAUCUUGAUCAUCGGCGGCACCGGAUACAUCGGCAAGUUCAUCGUCGGUGCGAGCGUCAAGUUGGGUCACCCCACUUUCGCCCUCGUCAGGGACACUUCCUCCUCGGACCCUGCGAAGGCGAAGCUCCUAGAAGGAUUUGUAAGCUCUGGGGUCACUCUUCUCAAGGGGAACCUACAUGAUCAUGAGAGCUUGGUGAAGGCGAUCAAGGAGGUGGAUGUGGUGAUAUCAGCAGUCGGUGCUGUGCAAUUGGCUGAUCAGAUCAAGAUUGUUGAUGCCAUCAAAGAAGUUGGUAAUAUCAAGAGAUUUCUUCCCUCGGAAUUCGGGUUUGAUCAUGAUCGCGUGGACGUUAUCGGCCCUGCUGAAUCGACGUUCGCACCCAAGGUUCAGAUCAGAAGAGCGAUUGAGGCUGAGGGGACUCCUUACACCAUCGUGUCCUCCAAUUAUUUUGCAGGGUGCUCACUACCAACUCUAGCCCAAGCGGAUUCAACCGGCCCUCCAAAGGACAAAGUUGUCAUUUAUGGCGAUGGGAAUACCAAAGCAAUUUUUGUGAAUGAAGAAGAUGUAGCAACAUACACAAUUAGAGCAGUAGAUGAUCCGAGAACUCUCAACAAAGUUAUGUACAUAAGACCUCCGGGAGACAUCUACACUCAUAAUGAACUUGUCUCUUUAUGGGAGAAGAAGACUGGGAAAAUCCUGGAGAGAAUCUAUCUCACAGAAGAGGAGGUUUUACAAAAGCUUGAAAGGGCCCCAUUUCCAAUCAAUCUUUUGACAGCAAUCAAUUACUCUGUUUUCAUAAAGGGAGAGACAACUAGGAUCAAGAUUGAUCCAUCGUUUGGUGUUGAAGCUUCCGAGCUCUAUCCUGAUGUCAAGUACACUACAGUUGAAGAAUACAUUAGUAACCUCGUUUGAAGUUUUCUAUUUUUGCUAUUCUGGACUUAAUUGUAGAGAUAAUUGAGGGGGUGAGAAUAUUUGAGAAUAUUCCAUCAUAUAUUCAAAUAAUGUCAUCAAAAUCUAGAUCGUGCAAGAAGAAUAACAUGGGCAGAAAGCUUAUGGGUAACUUUCAUGGUGUAUCAAUUAAAUUUGAUGAUGGUUUUAUAG